AACAGGCAACUGAGGCGGGGAAGACGGAAGCAAGAACCUUGACCCCACAAAGACAUCUGCUUCUGAACAGAUGGAUCUAACAGAUCUUAAUGUUGAGGAGGCGGAGGGAUUGAGAAAUGGCGUUGAAUUGGUGACAUCCGUCUCCGAUAAGCAUCUUGAUCUCUUGAGGCCAUCAGCUCGAUAUUAUUCGAUGUUUAAAGGGCAAGCAACAGACGGUACAGACCGGGACAAGGGCAAGUAUACUCUCAUCAGAGAUGUUGAGGACUUCCAGAGUGGGAUUUAUGACAAACCCCUCCCUUGCUUUGGCUGUGGAAUAGGAUGGUUUUCUUUUCUAUUGGGCUUUGUGUUUCCACUCAUGUGGUACUAUGGCACUUUCCUGUACUUCGGUAAUCACUAUCGGAAGGAUCCUCGGGAGCGAGCUGGCCUAGCGGCCUCUGCAAUUGCUGCACUAGUUUGUUCCAUGGCAUUGUUGAUCAUCGUCCUUAUUCUGAUGUUCUAGCUUAUUCAUCAACCCGAUCCCAUUUUGCUUCCAAAACGCCUUUUUAUUUUUUUCCAACAUCGAGAAAGCAGAUUUAUAUUGUAAUUCGGAGCACAAAAUGCUCGGAGAAGAAGGAAGUGGAUUAAAGGAGAAAAUGUAAAGCCAAGAUAGUUCUGAAGAAUUGAAAUGUGCAUACCAAAAGAUUCAGCCACGAAAAAACGUUCCAAGUAUAUCUUUUCCUUUUCCUUACUCAUUUUGCAUGGCAGGUAUUUAUACAAUUAUAGAAUUUCUCUCGGUUAACAUUGUCAUUUUGUGUAAUUUAAAUAAGAUUUCGAGGUCGUUAUGAUAAAAAUGUAUAUGAAUAUCUUACUG